AUCUUGGCUCCUUUUUUGUUUUUUGUUUUUUUUUUCUUUUGGGGUUUUUACAGCAACAAUAUAUUGUACCCAAAAGAGGAUAGAGAGCAAAAGAUCCUCCUCUACGCAUGCCGCAACUGUGACCACCAGGAAGUUUCUGAUUACCAUUGUGUCUAUAGAAAUGAGGUGCAUCACGCGAUUGGCGAACGCACGCAAGUCCUGCAAGACGUUGCGGGCGAUCCAACCCUCCCUCGAACUAAGUCUGUCCGGUGUGCUGUGUGCGGUCAUCCAGAAGCCGUCUUUUUCCAGGCUACUAGCAGAGGCGAGGAAGGUAUGACUCUUUUCUUCGUCUGCUGCAAUCCAAGCUGUGGGCAUAGGUGGAGGGAUUGAUGUAAGGCGGAGCGAUUCGUAAAACUAGUCUUACCUCUCUUCUAUUUAACAUUUCAUGUAUGGGCUAAAUUUUUGAGGUUGAAAAGAGAAAAAUCGAUUCCGGCGGAGUUUCUUAACUCUGUUGACUGUACGCGGUGUGUGAUGUUAUCUGAACGUUAUCAGAUGAUUUGAGCCGAGUAUUGAGAGCAUUGAUGACACGAACUGCAUUAACUAGCGAUGUCGCUUUUGAACUAAUAUUAAACCGCUUCUUGUUGGUAAAGAAGAUGAUUCAA